CCCGUUCUAUUUGUAUCAUCGCGCUCUCAGAGUCACUCUUCACUCUCUCUCUCUCUCUCUCUCUCUCAACGAAUCACCUUCAGUUCUCUCUUCCCCUUGGCGGCUGACUUGUUCCGGCUCCGGCGAUGGAGGUUGCUCCGGUUCUGAUUCUGCUGGCUCUUUCAGCACUAGCAUAUGCAAAUGCGUCCAAAGACGUGAAGGAGCUUCAGAUCGGCGUGAAGUAUAAGCCAGAAAAGUGUGACAUUCAGGCUCACAAGGGAGACAAGGUCAAAGUACAUUACCGAGGGAAACUCACUGAUGGAACUGUUUUCGACUCCAGUUUUGAGAGAGAAGAUCCUAUUGAGUUUGAGUUGGGAAGUGGUCAAGUGAUCAAAGGUUGGGAUCAAGGACUUCUAGGCAUGUGUCUUGGUGAAAAAAGAAAGUUGAAGAUACCCGCAAAGCUUGGCUAUGGAGCCCAGGGCUCUCCUCCCACUAUUCCCGGCGGAGCAACCCUUGUAUUUGACACUGAGCUUGUUGGCGUCAAUGGGAAGACACUAACUUCGACACCUGAAGAUGCUACUGAGUUAUAGACGGAUCUGAUGCACUUCUCUCUCCGUUUUGCCUUUGUAGCAUUUAGACGAGAGAACGACAUUUUGCUUUGCUCUAUGUCUUGGAUGUUUGCUUACACUUGCCACUUCGGUUCUUUAUUAUGGAAGCUGUCAUGAGCGUCAAGAGCUCUAACAGUAGAAGAAAGUCAUUCCAAAUCUUGGAAGUUGACGAUAAGAAUUUUAUCGUGAAUGGUGGAAGUUAUUAUGAUUAUAUUCUUAUAUGCUAAUUGAUGACAUUCGCUUA